AUGGGAGAGGCAAGUGACAUGGACAGCGGGAUCAUGCUGCACUCGGGCCCUGACAGCCCAGUGUCCCCACCAAAGGAGCGGGUGCAGGCAGGACAGCGGCAGCAGCAGGCACUGGAGGCCCAGCUUGAUGGCUGCAUCCAGGAGCUGCGGCGGCUGUGCCUGCGUGAGGCGGAGCUGACAGGGACCCUGCCCUGCGAAUACCCCCUGAAAGCUGGCGAGAAGCCCCCCAAGGUCCGUCGCAGGAUCGGGGCUGCCUUCAAGCUGGAUGAGAUCGCCAUUCUGCGUGGGGUGGACCCUCUGGAACAGGAGCGGGCGCUGCAGCUGCAGAUUGCCGAGGCCUCCCGCCGGCUCUGCCACGAGGAGAACAUUGGCCGGCAAGUGCGGAAGAGGCGGCAGACAGCAGCACUCCGGGAGGAGCAGAAGCUGCGGGAUCUGGAACAGGUCCUGAACCAGCGGCGGCUCCUGGCAGGGCAGUGGGACACCAGUACUGCCAAGGAGGACACACAGCCACCAGGACCUGCCACCCCACGCAGGUGCCCAUCUCCCAAGGACCCCACCAAGGAGGAGGAGGAGGAGUCAGGGCUUCUGAUGCUCCCCCCCAUUCCCUGGCAGGAGACCAGCCUGGACAGACCCUAUGAGAGGGCCAAAAAUCCCAACAUCAACGCUAAGGAUGGGGAAACCCAGAGCUCACAAUGCUGUCUUGGGUCCCUGAUGGCUGCCCCUGCCAGCUCCUUGGCCCCCAGCAGCCCUGACUCUGCAGGCUCCCCAGUGUCCAGGACAGGGGACCCUCCCUACCAGUUCGUCCCCAUCCGGACCCUGGUGCUGUGCCGCAAGGCGGGUUCCAGUGCUCCCAGCACCCCAGAGUCGUCAGGACGUCAUCAGACCCAAUCUCUGAGGGUGGACCCAUGCUGGCAGCCAGCUGAGCCACGGGGCCGCAGCACCGCACCCCGCCGGCGCCCCACCUACUACACAGUCACUGUGCCCACCUCCUGCGUCCUGAGCCCUGACCCUGCGUGCUGCUCUGGCUCCGAUGACAGCAUCUCCGACCUCUCCAGCAUCUCCCACGCCACCUCCCCGGGCAGCAGCAGCCCUGACAUGUCCUUUGCAGUUCCACUGCCCCUUACUGAGCCUGGUUACUACUCACGGGGUGCCCUCCAGCUCCAGCCACCUGCCGGCCCCCUGACUUUCCUGUACGAGCAGGAUCUGGCCCCACUGCGGUACCAGCGCCUGGUGCCCUCGCGUAGCCGCAUUGUGCGCACACCUUCGCUCAAAGACUACGUGCCCGCUGGGGCCCGGGUUCUCUCCAAGGCUGCUGUCACUGAGGAGCUCAAGUCAUGGCACCAACGUGCCCGGCUGAGGGGUGCUCGGCCCCACUCCCUCGACCGUCAAGGGGCUUUCCAGAAACCCCAUGGUGGGACCACCAGGGGUGUGCCCAUUGCUCGUGGAAUCCUGUCACUGGUUCAGGGUCCCCCUGUGCAGGUGCUGCGACGCUCAGCAGCCGGCGUGCCCGUGCAGGUCUAUAUGCCCGAGAACGGUGAGAUUGUCACCCAAGUGUGAGUGCUCACGCCCCUACCCUGGGGCGGGGGCACAUACUGGCUGGCCCAGGGGCGGCAGGGACGUCUCAUGACUCCCCACCCCAGUGUGGGGGCACAGGAGGAAGCUACAGUGAGGUGGCAGGGGCUGGCCCCCACCCUGUGUUCCCUCACUGGCACUGCAGUGCUGAUAGGACACUGUGACCCCAGUGCUUAUGGUGGCAUUGGUAUCAUCACGACCCUGAAUUUGAGGUUCUGGUCUCUAAUAAAAGUGGUUUUUGGGAUACGUC